GGUCGGCUCCCCCCGCGGCUCGCCUUUCCCGCUUCCCCCCUCGGGCUGCGGGGCUCCGGAGGGCAGCUACGGCCAGCGGCGGGAGGCGAGCGGCGGAAGUUAGUGAUCCCCGAGCCGCAGCCUCGGAGGCUCCCCCAGAGGCAAAGGACGCCCACCAAGCGACUGAUGACCGAGCGGCUUCACCGUGGCUCCCCAGAUGCCCCGCCAUGCCUUUUUUGGACUGGCUCCUCUACCACUCGGUUGCCAUGUGGCUGCUCCUCCAGAGUUUUGUCCUGAUAGCCUUUUGCUUCCACUCCGCCACCACCUUCCCCAAGGGCUGCUACCCUUCUACCGAGGACGGCUUCAAAACCUUCCGCUGCAGCAAGGCCCAGCUCACCGUUAUCCCCAGGGAUAUCCCCAACGACACCAACAAAUUGUACCUGGAUUACAACCACAUUUCUUUCCUGCCUAACGACGCCUUUCAGAACCUGCCCCUUCUGGUGGAACUCGACUUGUCGCACAACACCAUCAGCCGCGUGGAGGUCGGGGCCUUCCGGGGAUUGUCAGAAAGCCUUCACGCUCUGGACCUCUCCUCAAACAAGCUGGUGUCUGUCAACAAGGAUGUCUUCAGUGCGCUGAAAGCCAAAGCCAACCUCUCCAGCAACCCUUGGCUUUGCGACUGCACCCUGCAGCAGCUCAUCGAGAGGGUGGAGUUGGUGGCCGGCACCUCCGACGGGAUCAUCUGCGACGCCUCGGCCCGGAAGGAGCACAUCGGCAAGCCCUUUCUGCAACUGGUCGGGGACAUAGACUUUUGCAAUAUCUACAAGAAGACCACAGACAUCGCCAUGCUGGUCACCAUGUUCGGCUGGUUCGCCAUGGUGAUCUCGUACUUGAUCUACUACGUCCGGCAGAACCAAGAAGACGCCCGGAGGCACCUAGAAUAUCUCAAGUCCUUGCCCAGCAAGCAGAAGAAGUCGGAAGAGUCGUCUACGAUUAGCACUGUGGUGUGACCAAAAACGAAACCCUCCCUCUGCCCCGCAUCCUCAAGAAAAUCGUAAGCAGAUAAAAGAGAUUCUACAUCUCCUUCAUGUGGAUCAUGUCCACUAGAUGCUGGAAUGCACAAUGGCUGAAGAGACUGUUACUAAACAAACAAAGAAAACGACUUGGGGAGGCAGGGCCUUGCUUAUACAGAAGGCCUCCCUUAGAGUUUCUUUUCGAGCAAUGAGCAACAAAAAUCAUGUCAAGGUUGAAUUACUCGGCACACUUCAAGGCAGGGGUUAGUGCCAGGUUGAAUCAACUACUUCUCAGCCCUGCCAUAGAGACUCCAUCAUACACACACUUUGCAAAAAACCCCACCUCUUUCUCUCAUGAUAUAGAGUACCAAAAACCUGGAGAACUGCAUCCUGGGAUAUAUUCCCAUCAUGCAAUGCUCCAGAAGGAUUGGGAGUGAGACUUAGGCGAAGCUCAAGCUUAGUGGAGUUCUGUAGGUGUGCUGUUAAGAUCCUGUGCACGUUUGCCCAGAAGUAAGUGCCACUGGGUUCAGUGCUGUUUACUCCUCAGUAAGUGUGCGCCAGACUUUAGAGGGUAUUUCAAGGCCUGAAGUACGAAAGCACCCCCCGCAAAGCAGCUCUGAACAAUAUACAGUAAUUACCAAGUGCUGGGAGGCGUUUUGAGCCUGUUAUUAAUGUGCAAGAUUAGAGGGGAUGAAAUGAAUUGCAGCAUCCCCUUAAUGCUGAAUGUUCUCUUUGAACGCACAUUAAUAGCACCACCAGUUCCCCUGUCAGAUUCUUCUUAUUGGGAUUUCCCCCCACCCCCUUUAAUCAUUUUCUUCUUUGCAGGAAUCCAUUAAAACAUUCAGCAUGGAGUGGGGGGGGGGGAGAAUCAAUGUUUUGAACUUUUAAGCCAUUCUCUCACAGUUCUUGCUGCUGUUAAGAUUAUUUCUCUGGCCUGCCGGGAGAUGGAAAAAUCUUAACUAGCUCAAGUCAUGCAAUUCGGGGGUGGGGGCAGGAAUCGUACCCACACCGACUCUCAAGGAACACAAAGAAAACAUGCACAAUGAACACCCUCGAUCCAGGAGAUGGCAGACCAGCAGAAGGCUGUGACGGCAAAGACACUGUUUAGCUCUCCAAGCUAAGCUGAUUUUUUUGCAGGGGCCUCUGAGGAGUAGCAUAUGGUUCACCUGCACGGAUCAGCACCUUGCUGGGUGAUGCCUGUCGUCCACCUGUCCAUCCCCCUCCUGUCGACUCCGCAGCAGCCUUUUCCGCACCUGCCAUGUGAUAGAUUCACAUCCAGGGAAACCUAUUUCUACUGUUGAUUGCAUCCCCUGGAUUGAGGCGUAGUUGUGUUUACCCGUUUUCUCUUAUACCUAAUGGCGGCAUCAUCACUGUAGUCAUCUAGGGACUCCAAAAAAUUCCCAUGAUUCACAAGAGGUUUUGCCAUUUUGAUAAACUAAUAAUAAUAAAAACACACACCAAACAGAAUAAUUCCUAACUGGGAAUCACCAACAAGUAGCUGAGAAUAUUUAUUUUGGCACCUACAGGCAAAGUGCCGCAUUACCAAGAAAUGUAUACUAUCUUAUCAGCAUCCCCCCCCAAAAAACAGGGAACAUUGCAAUUUUUGUUUUGCUAAGUUUUAUGUACUUAAGAAUAAUAAUCUUAAAAACCCGAACGCAUAUCGUCGCUGGUUUUCCAAACGGAUCAACUUUUUUAUAUGUGCUGUAGCAAUAGCUGGAUAUCCAUUUUGCUGGAAUGCUUCACGUUGAGCCAUGGCAGUUAUCAGAAUGAAAAUGCAUAUGGACUUAUGGAUCAAUAGCAUAAAUACUUGGAUCAGUAGUAAGGCACGAGAUAAUAGAAGACACAUCUAUAGACUAGAAUCACGGGGUCAUGUUCUUUGAGACUUUUUUUUUCUUUCAAAAAACGAAAAUAGUUUUAGGCUCAAAUUUGACAAGAAUCGACCUGGGCUCCAAAGGUUUCUUGUACUGUUAUUUUCCAUUUCUCAGAACCAGAACUAUGAACCCGGGAAAACAAAAGGGGGCGGGGAACAGUUCACAUGUCUCCCUUUUGUUAUUUCUUCACUCACAGAAGUUGCCUGCUUGUUGUGAACAACAGUGAUAAAAACGGAGCACAUGCUUUUUUUCCAACUCCACUCGUGGAACUCAAUAGUUUUAUUUAUUUUGUCCAAGAUCCUUAUAACCUGCCCUUCCUCCAGUCUGGAAGCUCAGGGCAACUAACAGCCAAUGAAUUAAACCAUUGUACAAAAUUAUGCCCGGGAUUCUAUAGCGAGUGUCAUUGAAAUGUGGCUUUGUUCAUCGUUUUGCUGGUACGCUAAACCUGCCAGCUCCUUAACUCCUUGUUUCAUCAAGACCUCAGAUCUCAGCUGCGUCAUCCUCCAUGGUCUGUGGAGGUCUGAAGUAAUACCUUUACAGGGAGCGGAGAUCCGCCAGUUCCCACAUGGGGAGGACCGCUCCUGUGAGUGAAGAGAGCAUCAAAAGGGGAUUGCCUGCACUGGCCCCGGUCGAUCGCGCAGGGCCAGUGGAAAGCAUCAUCUGAUCUGAUGUCUCCUGCUAGCCAAUACUGCAUCACCUUUUAUACAACACCAAUGUGCCACAUCAAAGGGUUGUUUUGUCUGGACUAUUCCAAACGCUGGAAGAAGUAAAUUAAGGAGGACGUUAGGGAGGUAUGCUGGGCUUGGGAGAGUUAUUUCUACUCGCUCCAAACCUCGAGGGUGUUGAAAGAGCUGUGGGCAAGGGGGCACAUCUGCGGCGCACCACCCCAGACUGCAGAUGUGACCUGGAUAUCCACCUGUAUUCCUCAUGUGCCUACCUGGUUCCUGCUUGGGGGGGAAUGACGCCCUGCCAGGUUUCUAGACCAUACGAUAACUCUGUUCUGGCCCAAGCGCGGGCAAGACAUAGAGAUCACAUCCACCUGCCAUUCUCUCAAGUGCCCUUUAUUGAGAGACAUCCUCCUCCAGAGCUUUUCAGCCUGGUGUUCCAGGGCAGGCCUUUCUGUGUGUGUGUGGGGGGGAACAUUUAUUAUUAUUAUUUUUGCAAGUCCCACCUACUUUGUAGCAAAAUACUCCCCUUGUUCUUCAAGAGGUCCCUCCUUCCGUUUCCUUUACCAAUAAAAGCCGAAACGCCUUCUUUUAUCAAGAGAGAGAACGCACUGCAAUAGCCUACCAUCAGACUUAAAAGGGGCAGCUGGUCACCGAAUGUUUCUCGGCAGAGGACCCAGAAGUCAACUGACCUUCCACUGUGACCAUGCAUUGAGGGAGCCCAAGAGGUGAGGAGGAAGACUCUAAUGCGCACGCUCUCUCUUUCUCUGUUGAUCAGCAGCCUUAUACCUUGACCUCUUCAAACUCAGUACCUCUUCUCUACAUUCCCAGUAUGCAGUAGGACCCCCCUCCAUCGUAGCGUCGGCAGCCGGCUGGAGCUGCCGUUGGGAAAACCAAAGCAGCCGUGGAAAAAGCUUAUACACAUGCGCACAAAGAAGAGAGGGGGAGAAAAGGAAGGAAGAAAUACUCUGGUAAUAAGUAAAAACUUUCCUGGUUGUUUUGUUGUUUUGUUUUGCCCCCCCUCCAAAUGUUAUUUAUUUCAGGUUUUUCCCCAUGAAAAAAGGCAAAUAAACAAAAAUUCAACAGGCUA